AUGAACCGCUGGCCGGAGGGGCUCCAGCAGAGCGCCGUCGGUGGCGACGGGCCGUCCCGCCCCCCCGGCAGAUGCCACCGCCUGCAGGUCGUGUACGAUGGCCCCGAGACGGCGGCGGCGCUGGCCUCCCUGCGCGCCCCGCGCGAUCCCGACCGAGAGAACACCGAUGACUCUGGCAUGGGCGCCGACCUGGAGGCCGACGAACGUGGCCCCGAAGGCAAGGAGGUCAGUUGCGACGACGACAGUGACGACGAUGAGGACGAGGAGGAAACCGAGACGGAGACGGAGAGUGAAAGUGAGAAUGAGCCGCCCAAAAACCGCCGACGGAGCAGUGUGGGUGUUGAGCGACAGCGACGGCCCUCCUACACCUGCUACCACGGCGCCCCCCUGCCUCGCGGGGGCGUACUGCGCGUGGGUCGCCGCCCGCGGCCACGCCCUCCCCGCACACUGGAUAUGCGGCAGCUGGCGGCAGGUGCCACCGUCAUGCUGGCACCACUCACCCCCGAGCUGCUCAGGUAA